AUGACCGACUCAAUAUCUGCAAUUAAGAGGAGAGCAUGCGUGGCUUGCACAAAUGUCAAGGCGAAAUGCACGCCGAAAGCCGUAGGCCUGUGCCAGCGGUGCGCUCGUUUGGGCAAGCCAUGUACAUACCUUGACCUUCCGCAAACUAAGCGCAAGCGCAAGGCCACACCAAGCCGGGUUGAGGUGCUAGAAAACAAGGUCGACCAGCUGACAUCGCAGCUCGUUGCCUUGACCAAACCAAAUGUGCAGACACCAUUCAAUACUUCUACUCCGCUCUCCAACGACUCAGGCUCAUCUUAUGAUCCCAAGCUGGACUCAAGAGAAAUCGCCGCGCUUAUAGAUGCUGCUACGGAACCGUCCCACGGCUCUGAGCCGCCAACCGGCUCUGCUAUGGAGGGCCAGCCUUCCAUCGUGGAUCGAGGGCUUUUGAGUGAAGCUGAGGCUGAGCAAUUACUUGCAACCUUCCGACUUGAUUUUCUGCCCAAGUUUCCUUUCAUUUUGAUUGAAAAUAGCGAAAACGUAGCUCAGCUCAAGAACCGAGAGCCUUUUCUCUUCCUAUGCGUCGUGUCGGCGACCAUGGGCAGCUCCCACCGUCUGCGCAAAAUUGUAGCAGACGAGAUUAUGAAACACGUUACGUUGAGAAUAGUGACACGGUCAGAGAGAAACCUCGAGUUGCUCCGCGGUCUGUUGGUUCAUGUCGCAUGGUACUCAUACCCUGCAGAGAAAUACCAUCCGCGGUUUUUACUUCUGAUGCAAAUUUGUGUGUCUAUGUUGUAUGAUUUGGGAUUGCACAAAAAGCCUAAUUUAAAUUUGAAUGAGCAGCGGGUACUGCUCGGUACAUAUUGGCUAUCGGCCGGCUCCUAUGGCGUACUUGGUCGGCCGGUUGUCAUAAAGCACGACAGUCGAAUUGAUGAGUGCAUGAAAACUUUGACAUUUACCGAGCAUGAAUCGGAUUUAUGGAUCGCGCCAUUUAUCCACAUACAGUCUUUCUUGACAAUGAUGGAUGAAGUUCACACCUCGAUGCAGAAAAGCGGUGGCAAGGCACUGGUCCAAGUAACGCGCAAUUCUCUACAGCGGCAAUUUGAUAGCAUGAGAAUACGCGUAGAGAAUGAUUUCCCUGACUUCCCAUUAUCAACAGUCAAUGCAAUUCGCACUGAAAUCAUGUAUGCGGAAAUGCGGCUACAUGAAUUAUGUCUUCGGGAGGAAAUGUGGACUGUAGAGCCUGCCAGCACAGUCAGAACGACAAUGUUGAUGGAUAUGAUACAGCAAAGCAAGGAGCUUAUCCACGCGAUAUCAACUAUACCGAUAUUUGAGAUUGGUCAAAUGGUGAUAAAUACCAGCGCUCAUAUAUGUGCCGCUGUGGGCUGCUUGUCUACAGCAGCAUUAACUCUACUGAAGCUCAUUGCCAGCUCUGCCGACUCUGACAGGGAAACACAGGUUCAGGUUGUUGUUGAAGCAGCAGAUUAUUCUAAUAUUGUCACGGAGCUUGCCAUCGUUCUGGAAACAAAAUUUCGGGGAAUGUCUGCCGCAGAUAAAGAGACUGAUGUUGUGGGGAGUCUUUGCUCUAAAAUGCGUCUUUUAGCACGUUGCUAUCCAUAUCAAGUCCGGGAAAUAGUUGGAAAUGUGCCCUCCCAAGCUCAGCAUGCGCCCAUCACGGCGGUUGAUGCGGAUGGGGUUGUCACAUCCAAAGUCUGGCCGUCUAUAUACGGCGAUCUGGACGACAUGUUCUCCAUUGACGACGUACAGUGGGAUUCGCUUUUGAGCAGUUUCACAGGGUUUAGUUAA